UCAACUCUUGAAACUAAGAGGAAGGAGGUUCGAAAAGUUGAGUAGCAUGCGACGUGGAUUCGAAUUCGAUGGUACUAUAGACAGAGAAACGAAGAAGAAGACUCAUAAUCAUUCAGUUACAGUUACAGUUACAGUUACCAUUUGAUUGAUCCUCUUCUCCGCAACUGACUCCUCAAAAUCCCUAAUCCUUCUCUUCUCAUUCAAUUUCCCGCCAACACUACCGAACAUGACGGAUUUCACUUCCAAUCUCCUCCACAAUUUCGAAUCAAACAGGGAUUCUUAUGGAUUUGCAUUAAGGCCUCAAUACGCACAAAGAUACAGAGAGUAUUCUUUGAUCUACAAGGAAGAGGAAGAUGAAAGAUCAGAUAAAUGGAGAAGUUUCAUUGAACAGGUAGCUAAAUCAUCUCAAGCAAGUUCUUCUGAGAACAAACAUAAAGAAACAUUGAAGGCUGAAAGUAAUGAGGUAAAAGAAGAGGGAAGUCCUCAUAGGGUAAGUAAUAGUGGUGACUUAAGUAGCCCGAUUUUUUCUGAAGGUGCAGAGGUAGAUGAAACAAAUGCUGACAGAAUUAGUAAAGGGAAUGAUUCAAGUGGGAGAAAUUCUGCUGAAGGUAAUGAGAUAAUAGAAGGGACAAUACUAAAUAGGGUUAACAAAGAAGGUGACUCAAGUAGCAGGACGUCUUCAGGGGAAACUGAUAUAAAAGAAGGUACUGGUCUGGGAAGGAGUAGUGAAGGGGAUGAUUCAAGUAGCAAGAAAUCUUUUUCUGACUGUUCAACAACAAAUAAUUCUGCAAAGGAACUGCACCAUUCAGACGAAAGAAAGACCUGUAAGGUUCAACACUGGGCUGAAAUUAGACCAUCUCUUAGUGCCAUUGGUGAAAUAUUGAGCUCUCGUGUCAAGAAAGGAAAGAAUAUGAAAGGUGAGAAGAUACAUGGUAGUGAUGACCACCUUCCAUCUAUAGAAGAAUUAGAACCUGUAGAAGGGACUUCUGAGGAAGAUAUUCAGGGAGAGGUCUGCACUAAUGAGACGCUAGAUGGUGGAAAUGGCUCAAGGGCAGAAAAUGAUUUAAUGGAUCAAAACUUCCCUGAACUUUACUCUCCAUGGAAGGAACUAGAGUCCCUUGUUCAGGGAGGAGUCCCAAAGGAUCUUAGAGGAGAGGUUUGGCAAGCCUUUGUAGGUGUGAACACACGGCGGGUGGAGAGCUAUUAUGAUGAUUUGUUAGCUCAAGAAAAUAACAAUUCUGAAGGCAAAGAGGUUACAUCUGUUGCAUCAGGGAAAUGGAGAAAGCAGAUUGAGAAGGACAUACCACGAACUUUCCCGGGUCACCCUGCUUUGGACGAAAAUGGCAGAAAUUCCUUGAGGCGUUUACUGCUAGCAUAUGCUCGACAUAACCCCUCUGUUGGGUACUGUCAGGCAAUGAACUUCUUUGCUGGUUUAUUGCUGCUUCUUAUGCCAGAAGAAAAUGCCUUUUGGACAUUUGUUGGAAUUAUAGAUGAUUAUUUUGAAGGCUACUAUACGGAAGAAAUGAUAGAGUCCCAGGUGGACCAGCUUGUUUUUGAGGAAUUGGUGCGUGAAAGAUUUCCUAAACUUGUUAAUCAUCUAGAUUACUUGGGAGUGCAGGUGACAUGGAUAUCUGGGCCGUGGUUUCUUUCAAUCUUUGUGAACAUGAUUCCGUGGGAGAGUGUUAUUCGAGUUUGGGAUGUGCUGCUAUUUGAAGGAAACCGUGUUAUGCUAUUUCGAACAGCGCUGGCUCUACUGGAAUUAUAUGGUCCUGCAUUAGUUACAACAAAAGAUGCAGGUGAUGCAAUUACUCUAUUGCAAUCACUUGCUGGCUCAACAUUUGAUAGCAGCCAACUUGUCUUUACUGCUUGUAUGGGCUACCUAGCUGUGACUGAGGCAAGAUUGCAAGAACUCAGAGAAAAACACAGGCCAUCUGUAUUAGAUGUUAUAGAAGAAAGGUCAAAGAAAGGACGAGUUUGGAAAGAUUCCAAAGGACUUGCAUCUAAAUUGUAUAGUUUCAAGCAUGACCCAGGAUCACUGGUAGAAGAAAAACAAGCUAAUGACGGAGGUGAUGUGGUGUCUGAUAAGGAUGUGCAGUUGGAGUCCCAUUCCUCUAAUAUUGAAGAAUUGCUUAAUAGCCUCAGUAUUGAUUCCAAAGUAGAUUCCGUACCAGAUCUCCAGCAACAGGUGGUUUGUUUGAAAGUUGAAUUGUGCAGAUUGCUGGAGGAGAAAAGAUCUGCAGUACUCAGAUCUGAAGAACUAGAAACAGCUCUAAUGGAGAUGGUGAAGGAAGAUAAUCGUCUGCUGUUGAGUGCAAGGGUUGAGCAAUUGGAGCAGGAGGUAUCUGUGUUACAACAAGUCCUUACCGAUAAGCAAGAACAAGAAGCUGCCAUGCUGCAGGUCCUAAUACGGCUAGAGCAGGACCAAAAAAUUACUGAAGAUGCCCGCAGAAGAGCGGAGCAAGACCUUGCAGCUCAGAAACUUGAAGUUCACGUGCUCCAGGAAAAGUAUGAGAAGGCCAUGGCAUCAAUUUCUGAGAUGCAGAAGCGAGUUGUCAUGGCAGAAAGUAUGUUGGAGGCUACCCUUCAGUAUGAAUCUGGCCAAUCCAAAGCACAUUCUUCUCCAAGGGCCGGUCGUGUAGAAAACCCUUCACGGAAGAUUGGUCUUCUAAGUUUUGGACUUGGCUGGCGUGACAGAAACAAGGGCAAACCUAACACUGAGGAAUCUAGCGAAAGUUUGCAUGACAAUGUCACUCCGAGAAAAGAAUCCAAUAAGGAAGAGCUUGAUAGAUAGAGCAUGCAGGGCAGUGCCGCUCGAACCCACAACCCGGUUAUUUCCUGCCAAUUUUUGAGAGGUUUCCUAUUCAUGUGUCAGUCUGCCCAAUUUUCAUUGUUUAUCC